CUUGCGAAUCACGGCACAGAGAAACGGCAGAAGCGACCCCCCCGUGAUUCAAUCUCUGCGCGCAAUUCUCUCCCAUGGCUUUUCCGGUGCCAGGCGAGGUUGGGUUGCAACUGCUCCUCUCCCCUCUUGGUUCUAAAAUUGUUCUUCGCACUGCAUGCUGUUCUGUGGGGCUUGCGCUUCCUGUUUACUCUACAUUUAAAGCUAUUGAGAACAAAGAUCAAAAUGAGCAACAAAGGUGGCUGACUUACUGGGCAGCUUAUGGAUCUUUUAGCAUAGCAGAAAUAUUUGCAGAAAAAGUACUUUCCUGGAUCCCACUUUAUUACCAUAUGAAAUUUGCAUUUCUUGUUUGGCUUCAGCUUCCCACUCUCAAUGGAGCGAGACAACUGUAUGAGAGUCACAUGCGUCCAUUUUUGCUGAAGCAUCAAGCUAGAAUGGAUCAGGUUAUGGAAUUUUUAUAUGGUGAAAUGAGUAAAUUUAUUAGUGCACACCAAGCUGAAUUUCUGCUCGCAAGGUCACUUGUAACAAAAGCUGUAGUUACAGCUAGUGAAAUGAUUAGGCCUCCCGUUCGGCCAGUUGGAAGGCAAGAAAAUCGAAGCCUGAAGAGGGAGAUUGAGAAUUCAGAAUCAGAAGACGAUUAAGGCAUUUCUCUAUAGACAGCUUACGUGAGAAAAUCAAAGUGUAAGAUUGCUUGUGGGGUUGAGUUUUCAGUCUCUUUUUUCUGAUUUUUCUUUUUGUGAUUCUCGAGCUUCUGCUCCGCUGCAGUAUAUAAGAAGACGGACAUGAUGAAAUAUUUAGUGAUGUACAUAGUAAUCGGAACAAGUGUUCGAUGUUAGGUGUUAUCAUUAUUUGUUUUGUUGCGUCAA